ACCAGCAUUUCUCCGUUGAAUAACGUAUCGUCAACAUCAAAACAUGACUCCAAAAUUAUACAAAAUGAAUCUUAGUCCGCCCGCAAGGGCUGUGUUAUUGUGUGCAAAAAUUGCAAAUAUAGAUCUAGAUUUAAUUGAAGUGGAUUUAAUCGCUGGAGAUCAAAUGAAACAGGAUUAUAUCAAGGCUAAUCCUCAACAUACCGUGCCACUUUUAGAUGACAGCGGAUUCAUCUUAGCUGAUAGUCAUGCUAUUAUGCAGUACUUGAUCGAAACAUACGCCAAAAAUUCGUCUUUACUUCCAAACGAUAUAAAAUCGAGAGCUACUCUUAACCAUAGGCUACAUUUUGACACUGGCUUUCUCUUCGCAAGAGGUCUAGCAAUUACAAAAUUAAUAAUAUUUGAAUCAUUUAAAGAAGUGCCCGAAAAAUAUAUAUCUGCGUUAGAAGAAGCCUUUGGUAUAGUAGAAAAAUUUCUAGCCCAAAACAAAUGGGUAGCUGGAGACCAAAUGACCAUCGCUGAUCUUAGCUUUGUUACCAAUAUUACAACUUUUUCACACUUUGUUCCAAUAACAGAUGAGAAGUAUCCAAAAAUAUCAGCAUGGAUCAAAAAGUUUGAGGAUUUGCCCUAUUUUAAAGAAAUUAACGAAGGAGUUAAUGAUUAUAUUAAAGUUAUUGAAGGAGCUAGGAAUAAGUGAUUAUUACAAUUUUAAUUAAUAAAUUAUCGUAAACCUUAAUAA